AUGUGUAGUGUUUUCUUUUUAUCUCGAAUCGUGCUUGGUAACCCUAGUGCUGAAGAUGAUCGCCUCUAUAAACUAGCAGUACACCGAGACUUUUUCUACGUUGGUGGGGAGUAUGUAGAAGGACCGUCGGGCGGGAGCUUGAGGAAGAACCAAAUGUAUGUGGAGAGGUUGUCGACAGACCGCACACCCAGGCAGCCAUAUCCGCUGGUGCUCAUUCAUGGCAAAGCCAUGAGCGGGGCAAACACUUGGCUCAACACACCAGACGGACGACCGGGCUGGGCUUCGUAUUUCCUACGCCAUGGCUACGUUGUGUACAUCAUCGACCAGCCAACACGAGGUCGCUCUGCUUGGUUACCUGGUGACUUCGACAUGACCACGUUUUCCACAAACUCAAUCGCGCAGUUCUUCACGGGAGUUGCACAUUACAAUUUGUGGCCUCAAGCAAGCAAGCACACGCAAUGGCCAGGGAAUGGCACGAAAGGCGAUGCAGUCUUCGACAGCUCCUUGAUUUCCACCCUGCAGUUCCUCUUAAAGGACACCGAGGCACAGUUUCGGACACGCGACGGGCUCAUCGCAUUACUGGACGUGAUCGGAGCUGCAGUAUUAGUCGCACACUCCCAGGGGCGGGCUCUACGGAUGGUCCGUUGCCGAUGCGCGCCCUUCAUUGACAUCGCCAUGACCUACAACCCUCCCGUUUCAUCCCCACAUGAAAUCUCUAAGCUAAGGAUUCCAUCGAACGAGACGGAUCGCGAGGACUGUGUGUUGCAGGCGGAACCGGCUCGCACUCUGCCCAAUCUGAAGCAAAUCCCUGUGGUGAUAACCGUGAGUGAGGCAUCUUAUCACGCUUUGUAUGACCACUGCUCGGUGAAAUUCUUGCAACAAGCUGGCGUGAAUGCUGAGUUGCUGCGGCUGGAAAACAUUGGGCUGAAGGGGAACGGGCAUCUGAUGAUGCUGGAGGAAAACAACUUGGAGGUCGCCAAAGCAAUCCACGAUUGGAUUCAGUAUCAGACUUCAUGUGGACAUGAAAGACCGGCUUUUAGGGUUUUGUGA